AUGGAAGAAGUAAAGAAAGUAGUCCUAAACAAGAGCUGCUCAGCUGCUAUGUUGAACAAACUUCCUAAGAAGAAAGGAGAUCUGGGAAGCUUAACAUUGCCCUGCCAAUUUGGAAACUUAGCUACCAUUUAUGCAUUAGCUGAUUCAGGGGCAAGUGUAAAUCUCAUGCCUUACUCAUUUUUCAAAAAGUUAGAUCUUCCCGAGCCAAGGCCCAUUAGUAUGGCAAUUCACCUAGCAAACAAGACGGUUACAUUUCCUAGGGGAAUUUGUGAAGAUCUGUUGGUGAAAGUGGACAGGUUCGUGUUCCUCGUGGACUUUAUAGUUUUAGACAUGGAAGCGGAUCCCCAAGUCCCGAUUAUACUCGGAAGACCUUUUCUUAAUACGGCAAGUGCUAUCUUCGACAUGCAAGAUUCUAAACUUACCCUUCGGGUAGGAGACGAAUUAGUCACUUUUGGAGUUGGUCAAGCCAUGAAGCAUGCAAGGAGUAGUGACGACACGACAUUUUCAAUUGACAUGUUGGAAGAAUUAUUAGAAGAUUGGAAUGACGAUGAGCCAAAAAAGUCCACCGUCACAUUUGAACAAGAAUUUGAUGAUGAAAGGGACCUGCUGGAAUUAGAGAGACUGCUCGAGGAAGCCGAUUAUAACGAUCUGAUCAGAAGUGCAGAAAGUUUGACUCCCGAAAUUCAAAACACGAAAACUGAGCUCAAGGCACUACCAGAUCACGUGGAGUACGCAUUUCUUGAAGAUGACCAACAAAAACCUGUAAUUAUAGCUGCUAAUUUAGCCAAACAUGAGAAGGAGAGCCUCGUGGGUGUACUAAAGAAGAGGCAAGGUGCUAUGGCAUGGAAGAUAAACGACAUCAAAGGAAUUAGUCCAACCUAUUGUUCCCACAAAAUCAACUUAGAAGAUGGAUCAAAAGUUGUAGUACAACGCUAG